AUGAACGGCAGUCUCCGCGCCGGGAAAGGUCCUGUUGACGGGGCGUAUACGGGGACUGUGUUUGCGCUUAAUGCGCGCAUUCAUGUUGUUGUGCGGCAGCUGCGGAGGGAGAAGAGGAGGAGAGAAGAGAGGGUAACGAGGGCGGCGAGGCGGGGUGAUGAAGAAGAAGAAGGAAGAGGGGGAGGAGGAGGAGGGAGGGUGGAAGAUGGUGCUGGGGAGGAGGGGAGAGGUGGGGAUGGUAAGGGCGAAGACAAGGUGGAGGACGGCGGGGUAGGGAAGGGGCCUGGGGAGGGAGAUGGGGAUGCGGAUGGAGGUAGGGGGGAGGAGGAGGAGGUUAUUGUGGUUAAGUCGCCGCAGUUUGUGGAUGCGGUGUGGGAGUAUGGGGUUAGGAGGGAGCCUGAUGGGGGUGGGGUGAGGGUUGUGCAAAAGGGGGACUGCCCGCGGAAUCCAUUCGUCGAAACAUCUCUAAACUACGCCUUAACAUACAUAAGCUAUGUCGCCGCCUCCAAACUCUUCGGCUCCCUCUCCAUCACCAUCCUCGCAGAUAAUGACUACUACUCCCAAACCUCAAUAUCACAGGCAGCAGGCGCGAACAGGGGAACGCGCUUCGUGAACUUUGGCGUAAAGUUGCACGAGGCACACAAGACCGGUCUGGGAUCAUCCGCGGCCCUCGUCACAGCCCUUGUCUCCGCAAUGGUCAUCCACCGCACUGUCCAACCAGAGGAACUACCUACAGUGCGAGAUAAGCUACAUAACCUCGCCCAGGCCGCCCACUGCGCGGCACAAGGGAAAGUCGGUUCGGGCUUCGACGUUGGCGCCGCAGUGUACGGCUCUUGUCUCUAUCGGCGCUUCUCCCCUGCCGUACUUGGAAGUUUAGGAGACGUCGGGUCCCCGCAGUUUGAAGAGCGGCUGUUCGCUGUUGUCGAGGAUCUCAACACAGAGCACCCAUGGGACACAGAGUGUGUUGAUUUUGGCACCAAGCUACCGCGGGGCAUGCAGAUGGUGCUAUGCGAUGUGGACUGCGGAUCGCAAACUCCAGGGAUGGUGAAGAAGGUGCUUCAAUGGCGCGAGGAGAACAGGGAAGAGGCAAACGCGCUCUGGGCGGAGUUGCAGCAAAACAAUGAGAAACUGCGUUUGUUGUUGAAAGACCUACUCUACCACACUAACAGUACCAGCCGUACCACGACCGCUGUCUCCUCAUCACCAUCAUCAGCAUCCGCAGGAAAUAGUACCAAUAUCAGUAGCAUUAACGAUGACGACGACGACGACGACGACGACAACGACGGCAACAACUUCGACGCCGUCAGCAGGCUCAUCUCGCGCUCUCGCGCGCUGCUACGCACCAUGACGCAGAAAAGCGCCGUCCCCAUCGAACCCAGGGUGCAGACGGAGCUGCUGGAUAGGUUAUCAGCGGAGGUGGAGGGGGUGAUUGGCGGCGUGGUGCCCGGCGCUGGCGGGUAUGAUGCCAUAGCAUUACUGGUACGGGACGAUGCGGCGGUUGUGGACAGGCUGCGCGGGUUCCUGCGGACGUGGAAGAGUUCUGUUGAGGAUGAUUUUGGGGGCAAGAUUGAGAGGGUGAGGUUGUUAGGUGUGGCGCAUGGGUCUGAAGGGCUGAGGAAUGAGAUACCGGCGCAGUAUUCUGGGUGGAUGUCAUGA